UCCGUUAUUAGCAGUUUUGACCAGUACCUUCAAGGACGGCAAUAAAAGUGAAUAGCAAAUAUAAUAUAACAUAAAACUUUUAUAAUAGCUACUGAAGUAACACAUCACGCAUUAUUACUUUUGUCAUGGCGAAUGAGCACCAAAUUUUCGGAAAGCGAACUACGGACUAGUUUGGUCUAUGUGACGUGCCGUCGUUGCAACCAGUUUUGACAGGUUGCGUCUGUCAAUCACAACUUUUCAACUGACGAAGAAAGCAGACGAGAAGUGAUUUGGAGCAAGCGGAGUGGACCAGAACCACCUCAAUGGGGGAACUCGAGCAGAAAAGAUAAGAGUGGGAUCGGAUGAAUAUAUGUGUCGAGGAAGUGACUUUUACCGGUCCGACCCUGUUAGCGGAGUGCUAGCUUACUGCCGUGUCUCAGUGAUUUUUACCGGGCCUGCCCUACCUCCUGCCCGUUGACAGCUUGGAUCGGCUCCAGCAACCCCCCCCCCCCGCGACCCUUUUGAGGAUACGCGGCUAAGAAAAUGGAUUCAGCGUAACCGCGGUCAUUUUUUCGAGCAACAUGGCGUUUCUCUUUCUGGGUUUUGCUCUGGGAGCCGUGGCCACGAAAACGCUGAGGACCGUCGUGGGCGGCCGACCCUGCCCACCCGCCGUUCGGGCGGGAAGCCUCGACGCGUGGGACGACGAGCCCCAGGAGGGGGCGGCGGUCCAGAAGAGGAGCCCGCUCAAGAAGAUCUGCCGCUUUGCAAACUACUGCAACAACUGCUGGAUGAACUCCACGCUGCAAGCCACGCUGAACCUGAAGGUGGUCCGGGAAAAACUGCCCAAGCGGAUCCAGCAGUUUGUGACUUUACUCUCCGAGAUGCCGGCGUUCGCGUGCCUUUACCUGAGCGCCCUGGAGAACCCGGGCGUGUGCUUCACGGCGGCGGAACUCUGCGUGGCGCUGGCCGAGCUCUGCGACUGCGUCCCGGCGCUCAUCCUGCACAAGACCAACGACUCGGUGGACCUGCUGGUGCCGCUCUUGUCGUGGUUCGACCAGUGCGGGAUCCGCACCGGCAUCAAGGUGCGCGACGUCAACCGCUGCCCGAAGUGUCACGUCACCACCUCGUCCGUCUCCAACUUGGGCAACGUUGUCAACUUGCCCAAACCGUUCAACGGCGAGACGCUGGGCUCGUUGAUCAAACGGGCCACGGGCGGGCGCCGGGGCCGCUGCAAGGCCUGCGGCCACAAAACCGUCCGCAAGCAGUUCUGGACCCACCCGGACAUUCUGACCUUCUUCGUCAACCGGAUCGCGGGCGACGGCUUCGUGACUCACGACCACGUCUACUCGCCCGAGCGGCUGGAGAUGGACGUCGACGAGAACACCAAGCAGACGUACCGCCUGGCCUCCGUCAUCUGUCACGCCGGCGUCGACCGGCACAGCGGACAUUUUUGGUCUUACCUGUUUUCCGAUAACGUUACCAUCGAGGCCAAGGAUACUUACCUGUCCUUUACGAACCAGGGCCCGCCUGAUAAGGUCUACAACAACGGUACCACGUAUCUCUAUGAAAUUUAGCAAGGAGUUAAAUUACCGGUACACAAAGCGUACUACCGGCCACGAUAAGAUUUUGCUACCAGAUAAGGUCUACUACGACAACAGUACCUAUGAAAUGUUGGGACCUCACAUUGGGUUUGAUCAACUUAGUCUGGAUGCAAAACAAAAAUACGUCAAGACAGAAUCAAAACGAUCCACGUGGCCGACAGCAAUCGGGUAGCAGAACUUUCUGCUUUCUAGUCGAACUAGCUAACGCUUACUAUCCUCAUACAGGUUUUUGUCUAGUCGUGAGACCGCCGAGUUACCAGUCGUGUUUUGUCAAGUACACGCUCAUAUUUUCAAAUAAAGCUUUUUACACUUGAUUAUUUUGGGAUGUUCCAACCAACUAUCAUUAGCUACCGCUUUUCCGGGUCGGGUCGCGGGGGAAGUAGCUUCAGCAGGGACACCCAGACUUCCCUUUCCCCAGCCACCUCUUCCAGCUAUUCUGAA